CAUAUAUCAGGCUGUAGACUGGUGAGCCGUGCUUCACACCACGCCAUGUCGUUCUCACAGAAAUACCAACAGCUCCCCACCGUCGAUAAGGACGCUGGAGAGCAGGAAUCUCUGCAACGCAAGGACCCUCGCAAAAGGAGAUUUCCUCUCUUCGUCAUCGCUAUCAUUGUAAUUAUGUGUGCUUCCCUCCCCUGUAUACGUAUGAUCAGGUCCAGGGGGUUCUGGGCUGCUUGCCAUGCCAGCCCGCAGCGUCACUCUUCGACAUUAGCUAAACUGCCUUCUCACUACACCUUGCCAUCUGGUGACAAGAUUCCCUCAGUUGCGUUGGGUGUGUGGCAGGCUAGCAAGGGCGAAGUCGGCAAUGCUGUGACGACUGCUUUGGCGGCUGGUUAUAGACACAUCGAUGGAGCCUGGAUUUAUCGUAACGAAGAGGAAGUUGGCCAAGCUAUUAAAACAAGUUCUGUUCCUCGUGAAGAACUCUGGCUCACGUCAAAGCUUUGGAACACUUUCCAUGCACCUGAGGACAUUGAGGCCGCACUUGACCAGUCACUUUCCAUGCUUGGUACCGAGUAUCUCGACUUGUACUUGAUCCACUGGCCUAUCGCAUUUAAGAAGGAGGGAAAUAAUAUUUUAGACGAGGAUCUUACUGCCGAUCCAUAUCCUACUUGGCAGAAGCUCGAAGAGCUUGUCGACAAGGGUAAAAUAAGGAACAUUGGUAUUAGCAAUUUCAAUAUCAGAAGGAUCCAGAAUUUGACCGCAAACAAACUGAAGUACCAGCCAGCUGUCAAUCAAGUUGAACUCAACUUUUGGAACCCUCAACCGGAAUUAUUGAAGUGGUCGAAGGAGAACGGGCUUCUUCUCGAGGCGUACUCUCCCCUGGGUAGCAACCAGCAAGUCGGAAAUUCUCUCUCUGUCCCUGAAGUAAAGAAUGUCGCAUGCAAACUUGGAAUCACCCCGGCUCAGGUUAUUAUCUCGUGGAGUGUCCAGCGCGGUACGAUCGUCCUGCCGAAGAGCGUAACUGCUUCUCGCAUUGUCGAGAACCUCGAAGUGUUUGAAAUCCCACAAGAAGACUUUGAGUUGUUGGAGAAAGCGGCAGCUUCGCACCCUCCGCAGAGAGUGGUCAACCCAAGCAUGGGUUGGAAGUUGCCUUUUGAUGUGUUUGACGGGCAGUGAAAUAUGCGAGUUUCAAUAAACAAAUUUAUUACUGUACCACCUCUAGGCUCUAACAGUGCAGCGUUGUUAACAACAGUCCAAUUGACAAGUUUCCAGAAACA